CUCAUUCUCUUGCACUUCACCACGGGCCAGUGCAUCCUUCCCUGCGCACGCGCGCGCAGAGUGCUUACAUUCUUCACAUUCGCACUCGACAAAUGGACAAAACGAAGUCGAAGCUCGUUGCCUUCUUCGACAACGAUGAUGAUGAAUCAUCGUUUCCACAAAAGGAGGUGGACGAUCAGAAGCGAACUGUUUUCACACAGGGCGUUGUCAGGAAGUCGAAGCGGGAGAAGGAGAAAGAAGCGGCCGAGGCCAAGCGGAGGGACGAAGAGGAGAAUGCUGCUAGGGCAUACGCGGAGUUCCUGGACGCAUUCCAAGGAGAAGCCGCUGAACGGAAGAAGGGAGGUGCAGCUUUCGUGAAGGCGGGAGAGAGCUCUUCGUAUGCGCCUGCUGUGCGUGGUAAAGGAGCUGGUAGCCAAGGCAUGCGAGCGUUCGAGUUGGACGCUAUGAAGUCGCCAUCUCCGCCGCCAGUGGCACCUAAACCAAAGGGGAAACGAGCGAUGGACUCUUUCCUCGAGGAGAUCAAAAGAGAGCAGGCCGAUCGCGAAUCGAGGCUCUCCCGACAUGUUACACACGGAAGAUCCGUUACUUCGAUCGCUGCAUAUGAGGGGCAAAGCGGAAGCAAGGAUAGAGGAGAUCCUCAGUCAACAAACAUAUUCGUGGCCAACUUGCCUUCACAUGUAACAGAACAGAGCCUAGGUACAUUCUUUGCUCGUUGUGGACCAGUUGGUUCGGUGAAAAUUAUGUGGCCCAGAGGAGAUGCCACGCAAGGGCCUGGCGCGGAUAUGACUGCUUCUCGGCGGACGAAGAAUACAGGGCUGAGCGGCUUCGUGUCAUACAUGAAGCGCAAGGACGCAGAGGCAGCGCUGAGAGAGCUAGACGGCUUCGAUUGGGGAGGAUCAAUCCUUCGAGUCGGGUGGAGCAAGGCAGUUCCGAUAGCUGUCAAGCCACUUUAUGUAACGAAGAAGACGUUUUCGCGGUCACGAUCACGAUCACGGUCAAGGUCAAGGUCAAGGUCGCGUAGUCGCUCACGCGAGCGGAGUGGACAGCGCCGCUCGUACUCCCGCUCGCGUUCUCGAUCCCGUUCUCGAGAUCACGAUCGUGGCGGAUUUCGGUCUGCGCGGCGAUCAACAAGUCGCUCGGUCGGUCGGGACUACUCUCGCUCGCCCUCUGGCUACCGGCGCCGAUCAACAAGUCGUAGACGAUUCGCCAGUCGAUCGCCUGGGCCGCGCUCCCGUAGCCCGCGCACCGUGCAUCUUGGGCUCGAUGAGGAAGAGAUAUCCGACAAAUUUAUCCGAAUGGUGGCCAAUGAAGUCAAGGGACAUGAUGGGGAGUACGAGGUUAGUCUCAAAGAGAUGGAAAAGGGGAAUCCUAGAUAUGCCUUCUUGAAACGCGACCACCGGAGAAACAAGUACUAUCGGUCAUUGUUGAAUCACAACGAGGCCUUGGAGCCAGAGUUCGAUGAUGAUGGAUACAAUUCAGUAUAUUCUACGGACUCCGCCGAAGAAUCGGAAAGGGAACAUGGUAGGAAGAACGAGCUGGGCAAGCGUGCUCGGAAACGAUUCGAGGCGAUGCUACGUGCAUUGAGUGGCAAGCGCGGAGAGAUUGCAAGAUGCAUGGCGUUCAGUCUGGAACACGCCGAAGCAGCGGCGGAGGUUUCUGACAUAAUCAUCGCAUCCUUGGUCAUUGACGGUACACCGGUGCCACGCAAAGUCGCGCGUCUGCACCUCAUCUGCGACAUCCUGCACAACUCAGCCGCACCCCUGCCUAUGGCUUGGAAAUUCCGACAAGAGUUCCAGUCACGCCUUGGGCUUGUCUUCGACCACCUCUCGACCAUCUACCACUCGUUCCCCGGCCGCAUCACUGCGGAGACCUUCAAGAAGCAAAUCGCCGCGAUCAUUGACAUCUGGGAAGACUGGAUCGUCUUCCCGCCUGACUUCACGGCCGAACUGCGGGCGCGGCUGGAGGGCUCGACCAUAGAGGACGCUCAGCCUCAAGAGGAGGUGAAGACGAUCGAAGUGAAGCAGAGAACACCCGCGGCGUCCAAAUUCAAGGCGAGUUCAUUCAAGCCCGCCGAGGAAGUCACCAAGGAAGCCGAGCCAGCGGCAGACUCGGACGAGGGGGAACAAAUGGAUCUGGGCAGCGACGACGAGGAUAGCAUUCCAGUCAAGGACGUCAGCGUUCCACUGGCCGAGGACAUCGACGGGGAGCCUAUGGAUGACGUCGAUGGCGUGACGAUCGAUGACAUUGACGGUGUGCCUAUGGAUGACAUUGAUGGUGAACCCAUCGGUGGUGAGCCUAUUGACGGCGAGCCCAUGGAGGAGGACAAAGACGGAGUAGCCGCUGACGUAUGAGGCAUGAACUCCACAAUACUCCGCAAGGUAUCCAGUGUAGCAUACCUCCGAUCUUGUGUACCGUCUUGCAGCAUAUUUACUUUUGGAUCCGUUUACAUGGUACAUCAUAUCAUAACACACUGAAACAGAAUGG